AAUAUUUAUUUUUCAAACUCAAGUGUCGUGCAAGGAUUUAUUGGACAAAGAGUUGAAAUGAAUGCUACGGCAGUGUUUGAGCAAAUAACUGACACAUUUACUCUGAGCAUCACUUCUCCUGUCAUAAACGAAAACUCUUUAGUAUUCCUUGAAUCUGCAACAAUCGCUUGGGUUGGACCCAGUUUGUCGUGUUUGGAAAAUAGAACUCUGACACUGCUGUCAAAUGACUCUGUGUCAUACUCACAGACUAUACGUCUUGUAUAUAGAGUCGGACCAGUUACACAUACAGGCAUGACAGAAAGGAAUCCAUAUGUUGAAACAAACAGUACCGGAAUGAAUGAGCUUGUAUUUAUGAUUACUGUAAUGGUUGCCGACCAUGUUGCAAAUACGCAAGGAAGUAUCAUUCCAAUUAAUGUGACACUAGAUGGCGCUUCAGGAUUAUCUGUAGCAGGCGGUGUUUAUGUUGAAGUACAAAUAACCGGCAUAGAAGCACCUCAUUUGAUAUUUCUAUUUGCACUAACCAACUACAUUAAUAAGACGUCGGGGUAA